AAAGCAUGAACUCUGUCCUGUUUCCUAACUCCUACGUCCUCCUGCGGGAACGGGGCUAUCCUGCUCGAUGUAGUUUCAGUCUCUGAAUGUAAAUAGAAAAAUACGGAAAAUGUCCGAAACCAUCAAAGAGCUCAGUGUUCAUUACGAUCCUAUCAAUGAAACCAAUACUUUCACUAGUGGUGAUAUUGUGGAGGGGCGAAUUGUUUUGGAAGUGACCAAAGAAAUAAAAGUGGACAGAUUAUUUGUGAAGAUUACGGGGGAUGCGAAGGUACACUGGACAGAAAAUUCAGCCGAAGAUGACAGCAGCCACAGCGACCAUGAAAGAUACUUUAAACUAAAGCAAUACUUAAUUCAAGACAGCUCUAAGAAAGAUGGGCAAGUUGUUAAACCAGGAAGCCAUGUUUUUCCAUUUAGAUUUCAACUACCUCAAAAAGCUCUGCCUCCAACUUUUCAAGGAUGUCAUGGCUAUGUGAAGUACAUCAUAGAAGUUAAGCUGAAGAGGUCUUGGAAGAUGACCAGUACUAAAUCAAAGGAAUUAAUAAUUGUGUUAAGAAAUGAAGGGCUCAAUGAUCAUUUACUGCAACCACAAUCUGGCACUAAAUGCAAGAAGUUGAAACUUUUUGCCUCAGGAAAAGCAUCAAUAACUGCAACAACUGACAAAACUGGCUAUAUGCAAGGUGAGACAAUCAGAGUUUUUGCUGAUAUUGACAACUCUUCGUCUCGUGACGUCAAGCUGAAAUACAGCCUCUCACAAAAACAGAUUUUCAUUGCUGGUAGCAGCACUAAUCGUGGAUCCAAAUUAAUUGUCAAAGAGACUAAGCACCUCAUUCCAUCUAGAGACAAGACAAAAUUGAUAAUGGACCUGAAGCUCCCAACUGACAUGGCUGUCUCCAUCGAAAACUGUAGAAUUAUUAAAGUUCAGUACGAACUCAAGAUAUAUCUGGAUGUGCCUUUUGCCUCAGAUCCAGAAAUCAAAUUCCCUGUGGUUAUUCUUCCAGCCGUCCAACAGUGUGCUCCGUGGCUAGGCCCACCUGGAGGAUUCCAGCCAUGUCCCCCACUUCAGCCUAACCUUGUCACCUAUCCACCUGCUGAUGCUGGUGUACUACCUCCUCCUCCACCAGCUACAGGGCUUUACCCCCCUCUGUACAACCCCACAUACUCAGGGCCAGGGGUAAUUGCUCCAAAUGCCAUGUCACCUGGUUUUCAUCUGACUCCAUCUGCACCACCUUUUGAUCCAAAUCAAAGCACUCAAGAGUUCUCUCCUAAUGUGCCUCAUUAGUCUUCUUUGCCAGCCAAACUUCUGAGUAUCACUUAUGCUGCUUCAAUGAUGACUCAUUGGUUUUAUGGACUUUAUGCAUGAAUUCAAGCUCAGUGCUUAUUAUGGUGCCUUGUAAACAUAACACUUUUCAUUACAGGAAAUGUAUAUUUGAUUAGCUUUUCAUUUCCAUUUUUUUAAUUAUUAUAGAUUUUUCUUUUGUGCUAUGUGUCUUUUCAGCUUUAAGUAAAUUCAAAGCAUGAUAACUUGAACCAGGAACCCCUGUCCGUGUACACACAUACAAAAUAAAGUUUCUCUAUAUCUACAGAGGUGCUGAGAGGGAUCAGCCCAGCCCAAGUUUACUUUUCUUUCCAGAACAUUUGAACACAGCCUUCUAGCUAAACUAGAUUUGCAUUUCAUUUUAAAGAAAAGUGUAAGAUAUUUCCAAAGCAACAGUGUAAACUGGCUCACCAAUCAGCACAUCCCAUUUGUAUAAACACAGGGGAACAUUAUCAAUAUAACAAUUGAUCAAAGGUUCUUAUGUAGGCUACCUUUAACUGCACAACAAACAAUAGGUCUGCUAU